AGAGGCGUGUACAUUGGUAGCUACCGAAACUGUAACCUCCUCUUUCAGUGUCUGUGUCUUUCCCACAUGGCAUUCAAGAACAACCUUCUAUUGUGCACACCACUGGAAUGCCAAUCCAUGGAAGAAAUGCAGGCUUCCAUGAAGAAAGCCAAGGCAGAAGGUGCAGACCUUGUCGAGCUUUGUCUCGAUUCCAUGUCAUUUUCCCACAUUUCUGAGGUCCAGAAGCUCAUUAAACUAAGAACUCUGCCUGCAAUUGUCUCUUUCAGGCUCAAAUCGUCAAGGACCUCAGGCAAAGGAGACUGCAAGUUUACCUGCCUGCAAGUGCUGAGGCUGGCUCUUGAACUAGAUGUUGAAUUCGUUGAGAUGGACUUUGAGGUGGCAUCAGAUAUUGGCAUGGCUGAGCAUCUGUACAAGCGUGCUGACAGCAAAAUAAUAGUAUCAAGUUAUGUGAAUGGUGGGAAACCUUCCACUGAGAGGCUCGGCCAUCUGAUUGCAUGCAUGCAAUCUACUGGAGCGGAUGUUAUCAAGCUUGAGAUCAACGUGGAUUAUAUCACAGAUCUAGCACCAGUUUUCCAGAUGCUUACUCAUUGCCAGGUGCCAUUAAUUGCUGUUGCAGUGGGCAGUAGAGGCCUAAUAAGCCAACUAUUGGGUCCUAAAUUUGGUGGUUUUUUAGUCUAUGGAUCUCUGGAAGGCAAAUCCAUACCUGGCUUGCCAACUCUAGUCAGCCUUAAACAUAUUUACAAACUUGAAUACCUGAAUGCAGAUACAAAAGUUUUUGGUCUCAUUUCAAACCCAGUAGGCCAUAGCAAGGGCCCUGUUCUGCACAACCCUGCCUUUAGGCACACAGGAUAUAAUGGAAUUUAUGUUCCCAUGUUGGUUGAUGAUAUCAAGGAAUUCUUUGAAACCUAUACAGGGACUGACUUCGCAGGUUUCAGUGUUGGAAUCCCACAUAAGGAAGCAGCAGUUGGAUGCUGUGAUGAAGUUCAUCCACUGGCAAAGUCCAUAGGAGCUGUAAAUACUAUAAUAAGGAGGCCCAUUGAUGGGAAGCUGAUUGGAUAUAACACAGAUUGUGAGGCUUGUAUCACUGCAAUUGAGGAUGCACUAAGAGGUGGACGAGUUGUGAAUGGGGAUGCAUCACAUGCUUCUCCUCUAGCUGGGAAAACUUUUGUGCUGGUGGGAGCAGGAGGUGCAGGAAGAGCACUUGCUUUUGGUGCUAAAAGUAGAGGUGCUCAUGUUGUCAUAUUCAACCGGAAUCAUGAGAGAGCAAAGGCUCUUGCAAAUGCAGUUUCAGGGGAAGCUCUGCCAUAUGAAAGUUUAGACAGAUUCUGCCCAGAGAAGGGAAUGAUCCUUGCCAAUGCUUCUGCUGUAGGAAUGGAACCAAAUUCAGAUAAAACUCCUGUUUCAAAGGAAUCCUUGAAAGCAUAUGAGCUGGUUUUUGAUGCGGUUUAUACUCCUAGAAACACCCGGCUCUUGCAAGAGGCUACAGAGGUUGGGGCCACUGUGGUGAGUGGAGUUGAGAUGUUCAUCAGACAGGCCCUUGGGCAAUUUAGAUUGUUCACUGGUGGCUUAGCUCCAGAAGAUUUCAUGCGCAAGCUUGUUCUAGAGCAAUUCUGAUUCUUAUACCCAACAAUGCCGAGAACAAAUGUGUGUGGUAUCAAUUCCUUCAUUUCAUCUGCUGUAUUUAUGAAAUAAAUCUGUGAAGAUGCUGGCUCAGC